UUCAAUCAUCAAGCAAAGAACAGAAAUAUCAUGAGUAACAUAGCAUCGAGAUGGAGAGCUCUGAGCGGCGAGGAAGAUUGGGAAGGUUUGCUAGAUCCUCUCGAUCUUGAUCUCCGCCGGUUGAUCAUUCACUACGGCGAAAGGGUUCAAGCUAUUUCUGACGCCUUCAUCAGAGACGACAAGUCUAUCAACUAUGGACUUUCCCGCUAUGCAAAGAGGCACUUGUUCUCCAAGGUGGGCUUAGAAAAGAACAACCCAUAUAACUAUCAAGUGACAAAAUAUUUCUAUGCCACAAAAAAUAUCAUAAGCAGCAGCAGCAGCGGCGACGGGUUCAUCAAGAGGUCCAGAGCUGUUGAUCCAACGGGUGGGGAUUCAAAUUGGAUUGGGUACAUUGCUGUGGCCACAGACACAGGAACCACCGUGUUAGGGAGGAGGGACAUUUUGAUUUGUUGGAGGGGAACCGAGGGGCCAUUGGAGGGGAUAAUUGAUUUUGAUGUUGUUUUGACGUCAGCUUCUGAAAUACUUGGAAAGGAGCAUGAUCCAAAGGUGCACUUAGGUUGGUACUCCAUGUACACUAUGGCUCACGAGGAUUCCCCCUUCAAUUCCACUAGUUGUAGAGAGCAGGUUCUAAGCGAGGUAAAGAGACUUGUAGACCAUUACAAGGACGAGGAAGUGAGCAUUACUGUGGUCGGCUACAGCUUGGGCGCUGCAAUGGCAACUCUAAAUGCCGUCGACAUUGUCCAUAAUGGAAUUAACCUCAAGCCCUCGAGUAAUAUUUCUGAGCCCAUCAACGCCUGUCUCGUCACAGCCUUUGGGUUUGGUGUGCCCCGAGUUGGGGACAAAGGAUUUCUCCAAGUAUUCUCCGAUCUUGAAAAUCUUCAUGUGUUACGUAUCAAUAAUAGGCCAGGCGAUAUCGUCCCAAACCACCCGUCGGAGUGGUUGUCAUACGUAGAUGUGGGAGAGGAGUUGAUAAUUAAUACUAGAAAAUCGCCCUACUUAAAAGUUCUUCCUGUUGAAAGUAAUGAAGCCAAGUCCAAAGCGCAUAAUUUGGAAGUUUAUCUGCAUGGAGUUGCAGGAACACAUGGGGAAGAUGGGGAUUUUAAAUUGGAAGUAAAUCGUGAAAUUGCACUUGUAAACAAGGUGUCGGAUGCUCUAGAUGAUAAGCUUCUUGUGCUUGAUAAUUGGUGGAUUACAAAGAACAAGUCUAUGGUUCAGAACGACGACGGCUCUUGGGUGUUGAUGGAUCGUGAGAGUGAUGACAAUCUUAUAUAAAUUGUGUGAGGUAGCCUUUACAUGCAAACGUACUAAAUAAAGCCACCGGUUUGGCAGGCUAUGUCACUGUGUUUUAUUUUUAAUGUACUAAAUAAACAGAGAUAAGAGUGAUGAUAAUCUUCAUGGUACUGGUUGCUGCCUUUACCAUUUAGGGUUUCUCACCGAGCUCCUUUACCCUUUGCUACGGCUUUGUGUUGCUCUUAGAAAGGCUUGGAUCCUUUUUGGUUUCA